AUGGACGCCUGGAAGGAAGAGCAAGCUGGAAGAAUGGAGCUUUUCGGGAAUGAGAAAUUCCGUCAACUUAUCGCAAACUCACCUACACUAUCCGCCGAUACCCCAAUCGAAGACAAGUACACGGACGCGCAAGUUGAUGCAUACAGAGAGGAAAUUAACACGCUGGCUAAAGAGAAGGGACUGUGGAUGCCCGCUCAGUCUCCAGCCUACACGCGCACUAACAGCGGCAGCGACAGUGGCUCGCAGACGAGAACGAGAAGGCGUAUGAAUGACGUGAGUGGAGGAGCAACAUCAUCUACUCAGGAACCCCAGACACACCAUGCACACCACGCAAACGAAGAAUACUUUGAAAAAUUGGGCAGAAAGAACGAUUCAAGAUCAACAGACUUACCACCAUCACAAGGUGGUAAGUAUACUGGAUUUGGUAGCACACCACAGCCACAGACACAGACACAAUCCAAUACAAGUUCAGAUAACGUACCUUCCAUCGAUGAGCUUAGAGAUAAUCCAAUGCAGGCUGUGAGUAAGGGAUGGGGAUUCUUCAGUUCAGCUUUGGGUGGUGCAGCGAGCGCAGUAAAGGGCACAGUCGAUGACAAAUUGGCUGAUCCAAAUCUAGAGCGUGAUUUACAGGGCUACAAGAACAACAUUUCCAGUUAUUGGUCACAGGGUUUGUCAAGAGCUAGCCAGUACAGCAACGUAGCGAAUGAGUGGACGCGUAAGGAGCUUGGAAUUGAUAUGCAGAAGGGUACUAGCGGUGACGGUUCAACUAAAACACUCAUCAUGGUCAACGAUAUCCUACACGCGACAGAGAACCUUGGGAAUUACAUUGAAAAUAAAGAAAGUAUAUCAAAAUUUAAUAAAAUGUACAUCGAUAUCUAUACUUCGUAUAAGGCGGUUGGUAUUAGGGAUCGUAACCUAGAGCUUGAGCUGGAUAGAACGAGGAGAGCGUAUUUGGAUAAGCUUAGUACGGAGUUAGUUACAGCGUUUGGUAUUAUGAGUAUGGCUAGAGCGAAUGAGCUUCUUUUUGAAGCGUUGGAAUCACUUUACGCGGCACUGAGUCGUUUUAUAAAGACAUCGGGGGUAUUGGGCGCGGGGCAAGGACAGGGGCAGCAACAGGAUCAGGUGUUUAAGCCGCAGCCACUUUCCCAACCACAUCCUCAACCACAUCCACAAUCACACCCACAUGCUCAGACCAAACAACCACGCAAGAAGCUACAUAAGAAGAAAUCUGACAAUUGGAUUUUAGUUGAAAAUACCAAUUGA